AACUGAUACGGCAUCCCUUUCGAUGAUCGACAAGAAACAAGCGACAGCGUUUGACAGUUAGUGGGAGGUGUGAAGCUACUUAUAACCAAAAGCAAGAACUGGGUCCGAAGGCUGAGCAAGAUGAGAAACCUCGAAUUCACCCGAACCAGUCACUUCUGGCUUACCUCUCAGCGAGCUAACCGUGACCCAGGCUCAUCCAAGUCCUCCUUCCCGACAGGCAUAUUAUUCUGCCCCAGGCACUGUCCAGACUAGUCCACCACUCAAUGCAGGACCAACCUCCUCAGGACCACCAGCCGCCCAAUCGUCACGCACUGCACCCAUUGGCAAUGUUUCCUCCUCCAUGUCCAGUGCCUCAGUCCCCCUCACCCACCGCAUCUGUCUAGUCCCACACGUCGAUUCCAACCAUACCUUCUAUUUCGAGCCAAUCUUCCGCGACCUCACAGACGGCGACACCCCCAUCCGCAUUGGUCGCUUCCCAGGUCACUCAAUUCUAAACGCCCAAUCCACAAACAAAAUUGCCUUCAACACCCGUGUACUCUCUCGCAUCCAUGCAGAGAUCUGGUCAGACAACGGCAAUAUUUAUAUCAAAGACACCAGAUCGUCAUCAGGCACUUUCCUCAAUGAUAUCCGCCUAAGUCCUGCAGGCUCUGAGAGCACAUCAUAUCAGCUCAAAGAUGGCGAUAUUGUACAGCUUGGCGUCGAUUAUCCGGGUGGUCCAGAGGAUAUCUACAAAUCCGUCGAGAUGCGGGUCGAAAUUGGACGCAGCUUGCAGGUGGAAAGGAUCAAGGACGAUAAAGAAACGCCGAGACAUCAAGUUUUUACUCUCAGUGAGACACAUCCCCUCGGUCACGAUACCAACAACGAGCUAUCUAGCGAUCACGGUGGCACAAACAAUCAUUCCCAGGAAAGUCACCAAGGGCCUGACAGUUCUUCAUCACUCAACAUUCUGGCCCCUACAAAUACUGUGGUUCGCGAUGCACGGAUGGCUCAGGACUUACAUUUCUCUGAAGAGCUGCUGACCAAGGAGAUCAACGCAGACCGCGAUAAUUACCACUCCUACUGCGGUCGCUCGGUUGUGAGGGCGCGACGUUUUGACUGGGAGAAUGCGCUUCAAGAUGCAAUGGCAUCCAUUGCCAUUCAACCCUCAUUAAAGGGAUAUAUCUCUAAAGGUAUUGCCCUCUGCGGCAAGCAACAACUUUGGGAUGCCGUGGAGGCUUUUGAUCUUGCUCUCUCAUUUUCAAAGCACAAUCGAAUGAAUAUAGAAAUUUUACUAAUUAAGGCCACAGCGCUUUUCAACUCAAGUCACCACGACGAGGCGAUAAGACGGGUUCAAGAUCUACCUGCCUCUACUCGUCAGUCCUCAGAGACAAAUCAAUGCCACAUUGUCGAUGUGAGUCCUAUGUCAGACCCCACAGGUUGUCUCAUUUCAGAAUAUACUUGUCAGUUAUAUUUACGCAUGCAGCGUGCAAUAAUCGUUUUUGAGGAUGGGCGCUACAGCGAAGCCGCAGAUCAACUCACGGCCGUUAUCACUGCGAACGCCAAUAUAUUCCUACGUCCGACACCUCAUGAACCUACUUCGGAUGAACCUGGGCGUAGACUGGAUGGCUUCAUGGGUACGUUUACGGAGUUUUUCGGCUGGGACUUGGGUGCGUUAUGGCAGACCGCCAACCAAAGACGCUGCGAAGCGUUUCUCUACGCUGAUCGUGUGAUCGAGGCAGCUGAAUCUUAUCAGUACACGAUGCGCGUGAUUGGCGAGGCUGCGAAGCCCAGUUGCCUCGAAUGGUCUGCCGCCUUCAAGCACAAAUGCACUUCACGUUGUGUCACAAAGGGAAACGAUGCUGUUACUGCAAGCAAUUUUGAGAUGGCUAUCAAACUAUAUUCAGCAGGGAUAGGGCUAGACUCUUCAUGCGAGUCUCUUUUUGCGCACCGAAGUGAGGCAAAUUUGAAACGAAGCCUCUAUGAAGAAGCCCUUGAUGAUGCAGAAAAGGUCAUUGAACUGAACCCUUCGUCUUAUACUGGGUACAAACUGAAGUAUGCAGUGCUUCAUGAAGUACUCCGCUACGGUGAAGCGAUUAAGGCGUUCGAAAUCAUGCUUUCCAAGUUGGACAAUGCAAUUGACCCGCAGAUACGAGAGUUGCGUCAGCAAUAUGUCAGUCCAUCCGAAGCACAUGACGCCAUUCAAAGAGCUGUCAAUAUUCAACUAGAAAAUGCCCCACUUCGUCUCGUCAACACUUUCACCGGGCGUUUGUGUGAUAGACAAACACAAAUCAACACCUUUAUCAAAAGCGGAGAAUACAAAAAAUUCUUGUCAUCGUUGAUAGCUCAUGCAACCCUCCAAACGGAACUCAUCAAGGCGAAAGUCGUGGAGUAUUUCAGUUGGGUCAUGUUAUCUCAUAGGUGGGAGAGCAAGGAAUUACGACUGCACAAUAUUCAGGACAAGGACGUGUACGGCUUGGCUCCAGUCGGAACUGUAGUGAAGCUGCAGACCUUCUGCAAAACCGCCUGUGAUGCGGGGUAUCGCUGGGCGUGGAGCGAUACAUGCUGCAUCGACCAGAGCAACAAUUUUGAACUCCAAGAAUCAGUCAACUCCAUGUUCGUCUGGUAUCGCCACUCAGCGCUCACAAUCGUCUAUCUAGCAGAUGUUCUGCCUUCGUCAGAACCUGGGGCACUCGCAAAUAGUACCUGGAACACACGAGGGUGGACAGUGCAGGAAUUCCUCGCUCCUAACACUGUUCUCUUUUAUCGAGCAGAUUGGACCUUGUAUCUCAAUGAUCACUCUCCCAACCACAAGAUGUCUAUCGCUAUUAUGCAGGAGUUGGAGGACUCAACAGGCAUAGAUGCACAAGCCCUCAUUGCCUUCCGCCCGGGCAUGAGAGGCGCCCGAGAGAAACUUCAAUGGGCAUCCAGCCGUGUCACGACUUUGCAAGAAGACAUUGCGUAUUCACUAUUUGGCAUCUUCCACGUCCACCUCCCUGUAAUCUAUGGCGAGAAGAGACAAAACGCGCUCGGACGACUCUUGCAGGAGAUCAUUGCGCAUUCAGGCGACAUCACUCCCCUUGACUGGAUCGGAAAAGCAUCCGAGUUCAAUAGCUGUCUCCCAGCUGACAUCACAUCAUACAAAGCUCCACCGUGCAUGUUAUCAUCUCUGCCCGAAGAUGAGAUGAACAUGUCUGUCUCCAUGUUGCGAAAUACUGUGUCGGCGGAGUUGACAUCGAAACUGUAUACCCUCCUUGACAACCUCAGUGCACCUCGUUUCGCACAUUCUAGACUGCAGCUACCGUGCAUUGCAUUUCCCAUCACUGAACUGAGGCGGAGGCGUGGUCCAGACCCGGAGAUAUGUUUCACUUAUGACAUCAAGACAGAUGGUCUUCAAGACCUACUGAUCACCUCCGAAGACAAGCUGAUUCAGUUCUCGCCAACACGUCCCACUCAGCAGACAUUUUUACUUGUCCGUCCAUGGAACCGUCAUGAUCUUGGGCUGCCUGACUUUGCAGAGCCCGAUUUUGCAGAUGAUGCACAGGAUAUGGACGAUUGGACUGAGCCUGUCUCUCGAACUGACGGAUCUGUCCGUGAUUCUCUUGUAGACUCUAAGCUGGCUGAUUCGGAGGCUCGCUUGCGAGAGUUGAGGUUGGUUGUUCGCCUUGGACAACCUUUUGGUGCGCUUUUGCUAGCGCAACAGCGUGGUGGGGAGUAUACGAGAGUUGCUUCGGACCACCUUAUCAUUGCCAAGGUCAAAGACGUGGCUUCUAUUGACGACACGAUGGACAUCAGGACGCUAGAGAUAUUGUAGUUUUGCAGUGUAUCUCCAAGCACGAAGAUUGUCAAUGCUACACUAGAUCACUAUGCACGAUUCACGAUGUAAACAUGCACAUCUCCGAAUGCUGUCUCUUCAACUCCAGAUGCAAUUGACCGUCUAUCUCUAGAUUCAUAA